GAAAGAUUAUUUCGAAUCCGGAUCCAGUCCUGCACUAUAUAGUGCUACAAGAUAUUUUAGUCGUAUGAUCUAACGGCAUGAAAUAAUUUACUUUUAAAAUAUUACUAGCGUAUUCGCUCGUUAUCUACUAAUUACACCGUGUUUAAAGGUUCCAGCGUUUCGGUCACAACUUGUCUGCUUAGGGCGUGUAUUUAAGUUUUCUUUCUUUGUUAUUUUCAUCGUCCGUUCUGUGCUCUCCGUACACCCCAAGCAUGCCAACAAGUCUUAGGGAGCGCGUUUGCGUAGUUACUGGAGCUUCACGUGGAAUCGGUAAGGCUGUCGCUGUUGCUCUUGGCCAGUCCGGCGCUACUGUUUACAUCACCGGACGAACUAUUAAUGGACAAUCCAGAGGUACAUGUAAAGUUUCUGGAUGUCUUAAAGAGACAGCACAGCUUAUUGAAGACUUGGGUGGUAAAGCCAUUCCCGUGGCUGUUGACCACUCGGAUGAUAGUCAGGUGGCCGGUCUAUUCUCCCGAAUCCGUCGCGAACAGGGUGGUCGAUUAGAUGUGUUGGUGAAUAGUGCAUACAGUGCUUCAGACUACCUAAUCACUGAAGCUGUCCCCGAGUCUGUCUACUGGGAGCCGUCUACCGUUGCCCGAAGUCCCAGUGAAGAGUGGGAUUUGGUCAAUCGUGUCGGGCUUCGCAAUGCAUACACCUGCUGUGUGCUGGCCACUCGUCUCAUGGUUGAAUGUCGCUCAAGGCAGCAUCUAACUAAUGGGGAGUCCACGCCGGCCUUAAUUGACCUACCGACCGGAGUCAUUAUUAACCUGUCCUCCAUUGGUGGGACGCAGCGACUAUUCAACGUUUUAUACUGUGUUGGAAAAUCCGCCCUCGAUCGAAUGAGUAUGGAGAUGGCUCGUGAUCUGCGUAGACGCAAUGUAGACGUGGCUGUGAUCAGUUUGUUACUGGGGCCCAUUCAAACGGAGACUGUGCUGGCCGCUUUGGAGUCCGGAUCGGCUCCGCGGUUUAUCACCGAUGCAGUCCGGGUUGGUCUUGAUAUGCCAUUGGAACUUCCAGGUGAAAUCGUCUGCAGCCUAGUUGACCAGUCUCGUCAGGCUCUGAUCAGUCAAUCUGGUAAAUGCCUGUUCGGUACAGAGCUUGCUCGAAAAUUUCGACUACGCGAUCGGAACGGGAAGUACCCCAAAAGCCCACUUGCUGUCAAAUCUCUUCUACAACUAGCCGGUUGGAAGCGGUUGGCCUAUUUUGUACCAGAAUUCCUCAAGAUUCCGUUGUGGGCUCUCGCGAUCAUGACGUCGAAAUUUUAACUCCCCAUCUCCCGUUGGCGCUGUGCGCAUCAUCGACUUGACCAUUCCACUCUCGUCACUGUCUAUCGAUCCAACAGAAAUUUUUGUGGCAUCCAGUCGAAUUUGGUCAGUUUCGUUCGAACGGAUCAGAUCCUUCAUCGCAAAUGUGAUUAAUUUGAUGUUUUUAUCUUAGUCAUUUUAUCUUGCUGUAUUUAUCCCCAUCUCUAUGCAUUUUACUGUUUUCUCUUCAUCCGCCCAGCCCACCUUGCAAUCCACCCAUUUGCUCACUAUCUACAGCUGACCCCCUACUCUUCUCUUAUUGUAUCAUGUUCCGGGUAACACUCCAGUUUUUUGGAUUACUACUGUAUUUUACUGUAUUUUCUUCAAUUUUCCAUCCACCAUGUGCAUUUGCACAUAGCAUUUUGUAUUUUCUUGAUAUUUUAUUCCGUAUUGUAACCUUUUUCGGCUAA